GAUGUUUGGUUGCCAAGAAAAUGCAAGAAAGAAGAAAGAGAAACUUGAAUUCCGUAAUGUUUCUUUUCCGUGGUUUUUUUUUAAUUUGUUUUUGAUCUGUCCUUUUUUUGUACGUUUAGUCCUUUCCGUUUUCUCCUUGAGGAUGGCUACUCUUCUUUCCUGAUAAUCUUCUUUGUUUUUUUGAUUCAUAGCAUUCUCUUGCCCUCUUGUCAAAGUGUCUCUGUUUGGUUGCUAAGAAAAUCAUCAAGAGAGAUCUCACGCCCAGAUAGGAUAAGUGAUUGCUUGCAUUGAAUUGAGAUGAGCAUGGGGGAGGAGAAGCAAGAUUCAGCAGAAGCAACGAAAUCUCAGGAGCCACCAAGAAAUGACCAAAAUAUCACACCCGGGGCUUCAGUGGCGGGCUCUAGUUCGGUGUCCAAUGAAAGAAACAGCAGCAUAAAAGAGGUCCAAGAUAAAAUUGAAAGCUGCCUGUACCUGUUUAUGAAUAAAGAAGAUAUGGUUAAGACACUGUUCGAACUAGAUGGAAUUGACCCUGGUGUUACAAGCUUAGCAUGGAAUCAAUUGGAGGAAGAGAAACCAGAAAUUUUCAAGGAUUUUUACGCAAAGUUGAUUCUGGAAGAGCCAAGCUCUACAUCCAAUCAAUUACUUGAGCAGCAAAAGGAUCUUGAGAAUUUCCUUGCAUGUCUAGAUGAUCCCUUGGCUUUUAUUGAGGAAGACUUUCAACACAUUCCAGGCACAAGAUGGAGUACAAGUGUUGGACAGAUGAAACUCCUUGACAUUCUACCCUGGGGAGACACCAUUCCGCUAGAGGUUCCAAUUCCAUCUGGUGAUCCCUAUAUUGAUUCCCUGAGCACUGUUUCCUGCAGACAACUUGUAAAUGAUGAAAACCCUGCAUCUGACAGUUUCCAUCCAGCACAAAAGAAUUUUGAGAGAUUGAUGGCAUUGGACAGAAAUGCAGCUGAUAUAGAACGUGUCCCAUUCUUUAUAAAUUUGGAGAUUCUGAAUCCUGCAUCAGUUGCAGACAAUGAUCAGACAGAGGCAGAACAUGAUCCGAUCUUAUCUUGUCUGAACUCUCCAGAGCAACCUGGGCCUGUCUUCGGUUACUUGACAGAUACAAGUGAAUAUCUGGUUUCUGGCUCUGCUAUAUUGCCUGAUCUUCCCGACUCAAAUUUCAAUCCUGGUAAUAGCACAUUUCCUGACACUCCAGAGACAAAUUUCCAUCCAGAUUUCGGUACUUUACUUGAUCCUCCAAAGCCAAAAAUCGAUGUUGAUGAUUACUUCAACGUUUCUUCCUGGGACUCUCAAUCAGAAGAAGAAUCUUAAGGCAAGGCCUUACAGUAUUAAUCAUGUCGGGAAUUGGAUCGCCUAGAUGUAGCUCAGACUGGAAAAAACCACUGAUUAUCUUGCCUGUAUGUCUAGUGCGUCAAGGAAGCAAGAGAAGAAAGAUUCCCAGCAAGGAUAUCUCGUGAGCCCCCAAGAAACCACCAAAAUCUCUAGAAUGGAGAUGCUCCUAUGGCGGGCUCUAGUUCAGCGCCACCAAGAAACCAUCAAAAUCCUACAGGUGGGCUCUAGUUCUGUGCCACUGAGAAACCAACAAAAUCUUACGCAUGGAGGUGCUAUUGUGGCAGGCUCUAGUUCAGUGAUACCAAGAAACCAACAAGAUCUAACAAAAGAAGGUGCUCUUAUGGCGGGCUCUAGUUCAGUGCAUCCACAGCGUGUUCUGCAGGAUUCUAUUGCAUCUCAUAAUGCUUCAUUGGCUCCCAUUCAAGAAGACAAUCAGCCCAUACCAGUCGAUAGUCUGCCCCCACAGCUUCCAAAUACAUCAACUGCUCGCUUCUAGACUGAUUCCAGGAGCCUUAUUUCCAGAGAUCACAAUGAAAACCCUGCAUCUGGCAGUUUAUGCCCGGCACAGAUGAAUUAUGGGAGAGGGUCAAAAUUCCUUCUGGCAGCUAUCCAACUGGAACUUGAUGAAUCUAGGUGUAACAGCUUCGGGAUGCUUCAUAUGCUUGCAGCAAUCGGUGGCGAAGUGCUGAUAUCCCGCCAGUGGUUUCUAUAUCUCAUUGAGUGUAUUCUAAAUGCUACUAUAUAAACUAUACCAACGUAUGCGUAACAUUAUAGAGUUAGAUCAAUUUGGAAAGCAUAUAUCCGGCUGGAACUUGAUGAAUCUAGGUGUAACGCUUCGGGAUAUGGAAUACAUGUGAGUAAUCAGUGUGCU